UUCCGCUUCGAAUUCAACCCGCCGUCGCCCGCCCGCCGGUCUCCGCCGCGAUGGCUCGCACCAAGCACCCCGCCGUGAGGACGGCGGGCCGCCCGCCCAAGAAGAAGCUGCAGUUCGAGCGCUCCCCUCGCCAGAGGGCGGCGCAGACAGGCGGCGCGGGCACCUCGGGAACCCCGGGGAGGGGCGCGCCGGCCCGGGAUGGAGCGGCUGCCGCUGGAUGUGGUAUUGGAGAAACAGGGGUGGCGGGGCGUAUUAAGAAGCCGCAUCGGUGGCGACCAGGGACGGUGGCUCUGCGGGAGAUCAGGAAAUUCCAGAAAUCUACCAACCUUCUUAUCCCAUUUGCUCCCUUUGCUCGUCUGGUGAGGGAGAUCACGAAUGACUAUUCAAAGGACGUGACACGCUGGACUCCUGAAGCCCUCCUUGCAAUGCAAGAGGCGGCAGAGUUCCACUUAAUUGAGCUGUUCGAAGUGGCACUUUUGUUGGCCAUCCAUGGAAAGCGUGUUACCAUCAUGCAAAAGGACAUUCAACUUGCUAGGCGUAUUGGGGGAAGACGUUGGUCAUAGACUAGUUAAAUAUGUACUCUGAAUCCUGCAGCAUGAUGGAAACAUUUCCUGUACAUCUUGUUCGUAGCAUCUUGACUUGGUAGAUGCCUUUGUACUGUCGUUCUAAAUCUAGUUAGUUAAUUUUAACUCUUUGUUGAACCUUGCUCGAUGUCAGUGCACCAAGGUCAAACAUCUGACUUCAAUCUCGGUUGUGAAACAUAACAAUGGUCGCAGUGAUGGAGUUGUUACCUUCUUGCUUGUCCAA